CCAGUUUAAAAAGGGAAAAAGGGUUUGCUUCCUUUAAGAUCUUUGUUGUUAUGCUGGCUUCUGAAGAUACAACAGAGUUUCUUCAGAUCCGAAGAAAAAGUGAUCCAAAAGAGUCCUAGAGAGAGAGAAGUAAAGGGAAAAGAGGAGAGAGAAAAGAAAAGCAUCAAACUGAAUCUUUUUCUUGUGAAAUCUUUGUUGUUUGUGGGUUUGAAACUUUGAAUGCCAUCAGUUUCUUGACUCUGGUUAUCAAGAUUUUGACCAAGAAAUCCUUUAAAUUUUCUGGGUAUUUUUCCUUUGAUCUCUAUACGCAAAAGGGUAUCAUAAAGUCGAAGCUUUUUGUAAUAAAAAAGAUAUGAUUUGAAGAAGAUAAUGAGAGGCUCAGUUGAUGCAAUCUUUAGGGUUUAUCCAGAAUUCUUUGGAUUUAAUUGAAGCUUUUUUUAAGAGGUACGAGACAUAAUUGAUACUUCCAGCUUUAAUUAAACUGAAUUUAUUGUAUGCUGUUUGAUUGCUACAUUUAUCAGUUAUGAAAAAUCACACGAACUGAAGAGUUGGUUUUUCAUAUUUAUAUACCCAUCAAAGUUUCAGAUCAUUUGGAGAAACAAACAAAAUAUAAACAAUAUGAUUACGUUUAUGGAUUCAAAAGAGAAACUACAAGAUACUGAAAGAUGCUUAGAUUCACAGUUAUGGCAUGCCUGUGCCGGCAGCAUGAUCCAAAUGCCGCCGGUAAACUCAAAAGUUUAUUAUUUCCCACAAGGUCACGCCGAACAUGCCGCCGAUGUUGUCGAAUUCCGGGACCGGAGGAUUCCGGCGUGGGUCCCAUGUCGGGUGGUUACAGUUAAGUUCAUGGCUGAUGUGGAUACCGAUGAGGUUUACGCCAGAAUCCGGUUGGUUCCGGUGACCGGAUCCGGUGAGUUUGGUUCUUUUGAAGAUGAAGAUUCGGGUUUGAACCGAUCAUCGGACGGUCAGGUGGGUUCGGUUAAACCGACGUCGUUUGCAAAGACGUUAACGCAAUCGGAUGCGAAUAACGGGGGCGGGUUCUCGGUACCGCGGUAUUGCGCGGAGACGAUAUUUCCGCGGCUGGAUUACUCCGCGGACCCGCCCGUGCAGACGAUUUUAGCGAAAGACGUGCACGGCGAAACGUGGAAGUUUCGGCAUAUUUAUAGAGGGACGCCGCGGCGGCAUUUGCUUACAACCGGAUGGAGUACGUUUGUGAAUCAUAAGAAGCUUGUCGCGGGGGAUUCGAUUGUGUUUUUGAGGGCAGAGAAUGGGGAUCUUUGUGUCGGGAUUCGAAGGGCGAAAAGAGGGGUUGGAGGGGGGCAGGAGACGUCGUCCGGAUGGAAUCCGGGUGGGGGUAAUUGUGUCGUUCCGUAUGGCGGGUAUUCCUCGUUUAUACGAAACAGUAACAGUGGUGGUGCGGGUGGGAAUUCGAUGGAAAAGGUGAAAGUGGAACCUGGUUUGGUGGUUCAAGCGGUUAAACAUGCGACGAGUGGACAGGCGUUUGAGGUUGUGUUCUAUCCGAGAGCUAGCACGCCGGAGUUUUGUGUGAAGGCGUCGCUUGUGAAGAAUGCAAUGCAGAUUCGGUGGUCGCCUGGGAUGAGGUUUAAGAUGCCGUUUGAAACCGAGGAUUCUUCGCGAAUUAGUUGGUUCAUGGGGACUAUUUCUUCGGUUCAAGUUGCUGACCCGAUUCGUUGGCCCGAUUCACCCUGGAGACUCUUGCAGGUAACAUGGGACGAGCCCGAUUUGCUCCAAAACGUGAAGCGAGUCAACCCGUGGCUUGUAGAACUAGUGUCGACAAUGCCUGCGAUUCAUAUGUCGCCUUUCUCACCACCCCGAAAGAAAUGUAGACCAUCUCAACACCCAGAUUACCCGAUGGAAUCCCAAAUCCCUAUUCCCGCAUUGUGCGGUCCCCACACGCAUCUCUUCGGUGGGCCCACCACCGGCCCGUUCGGUUACCAACUCCCGGAGAAUUUGAACGUCCAUCAUCCUGCUAGCAUGCAGGGAGCCAGGCACACACGUUAUGGUUUAUCUCUUUCAGAUAUCCAACUCAAUUCGGGUUUUUACCCUAACCCCAUGAAACCCUCCCACUCCAGCCCGUCCGUCAAUAAACCGGCCCAAUCCGAGCCCGUUUCAUGUCUGUUAUCCAUCGGGAACGCAACCACAUCCUCGAAAGAACCAGAAACCCCUAAGGCAUCCCGGUUUGUACUCUUCGGUCAGCCAAUUCUUACCGAGCAACAAAUCUCUCAAACUGGGAGUGUCUCAGGGUCCGGGUCAGGGUCAGGGUUGGGCCGAGAAUCGGACCUGAACCUAGAGACGGGUCAUUGUAAGGUUUUCAUGGAAUCAGAAGAUGUAGGUCGAACCCUCGAUCUCUCUUUGCUCGAUUCUUAUGAAGAACUAUGCGCGAAACUAGCUAACAUGUUCAAGACCGAAAACUCGAUAAUGCUGAACCGUGUUCAAUAUUGGGAUGCAACGGGAACACUAAAGCGGAUCGGGGACGAACCAUUUGGCGAGUUCAUGAAGACUGCAAGACGGUUAACGAUUCUAACGGAUUCCAGCGGCGAUAACAACGUUCUGGCUGUGGAUUCUUAGAGUUUAUUUACUAAACAUUGUACAGCAGCUACGAAUUUGGUUUUGGUUUUGGUUUUGGUUUACAUAUGUUUUGGUUUUAAAGUUGUGGCAAGUUGAAUGAAACUCUAGUAUUUAUAUUUGAAUUAACCUUAUAUCA